CACACGGCCACGCACUCGCAAGUCACUGCGUCUCUGUACAGGUCUCCAUCGCUGCUCUGCCCCUCUCUACCACGUCCAUCAGCCCCAUAGCCACCGACACGCGAAAGGCCUCUUUGUCCCCCUUCUGUAUUACGGCCUGAGCCGCUUCACAUGCUCUCAGAUACGGCCCCUCUGUCUUGGCCAGCUUCCUGGCGCCCCCCUGGGAAAAGAGCACGCCCGUCGGCUGUGGCGCGCUCUCCAGGCCCAUGUGCAGUCCGCGGCCAAGUGCGUGGCGGACGAUCUUCGGGGCGGUCGCGAUGGCGUUGUCGAUGUCUGCGAUGAAGGAGGCGUCGUUUGUGUCGAGCAUGAUGGUCGCCAACGCGUUGAUGCUGUACACUGCACCAGAGAGAAGAGGGCACGGAGGGAGGGAGACACACAUAUGGAUGGGUGGACCAUCGUCGAUAUAUAGACAUGGUGUCACUUUCCUCUCCCCCAUGCCGUCGUACCACUGUCUUGCAGGACCGUGCCGAUCUCCACCGGCGCCGCGCGUAUCAUCCUUGGCAGCUGCCGCACCACCUUCUCCCUCAGCGCCGCCUCCUCCUCACACACCGUGCCAGGGCUGGCCUCGUUCGCCUCCGGCUUGCCCAGCCCCACCAAAGCCACCAAAGCCGUCCCAUAUACCUGUGGGAACGACUCCCUCACCCCACCCGCCCCCUGCUUUGUCAGCAGCUCCCACAGAAACGGCAGCAGAGCGUUCCUCACACCGGGGCUGCCCAGGCAUUUUGCCCAAGUGCGGAAUGAGGCCACGGUGCGGACGAGUGCGAGGGCGAUGUAGGUGGCCGCGAGGGCGUCGGAGAGCACGGGGACCGGCCGAGGGUCGCUCGUGGGGACCUCAGGCUGCUGCGAAGAGGGGGGCUUCUUGGCGUGGGUGAUGGUGGCUUGCAGGAGGGAGGGGAGGAGGUGGGACGUGAUCGACGCCAUGCGUGGGUGCGUGUCCUCGAGCAGCAUCUCGAACGGCCGCAGCACCGCAAAAAGGUACCAGAAGGACGGCACGCGCAGCCACGGCCUCCCCGCGUCACCCUCCGCCGCGCCUCCCUCCAACUUGAUCUGCGUCCGUAGGGGCGACUGGUGGAUGAACCGGGCGAUCGCCGGCUGCACGAGGGUGGUCAUGGCGUAGUCGAGGAGGGCUACGCUGGCGCCGUAGAGAGCGGCUCCGAUGCAUGUGAUGAGCUGUCGCUGCUGGUGCGAGGGGUGUGGCUGGCGGAGCCACCAGUCCUUGGUGGUCGAUGGGCGGGUGGCCGAUGAGUGGGGGUCUGCACACAUCACAUGCAUGGCACAGGGAUGGCGAACCAAUGCAAGGCAAUGCAGCUAGCUGUGCCAGCUGAGCUGCCAGGUGUGGACUGCACCCACCUGCGAUGGCCAGUCUGAAGAGCAGGUCGACGAGUCCCUUGGCGGCCCCGUUCAUCACCGCACCCACAGGACCUUCACACAUAUCGCUGCACACAAGUGAAUAAUGGCCACCAUAGCUAAUGUACCAUGAGCUCUCACCCCCGCCCCUGCUUACUUUGCCGUACUGACGAGUUUUGCUGCGAUGAGGACUGCGAAUGAGUGGAGGGGUGCUGAGCCGCCAGACGCCCAAUUGAGAAACCGCCGCAGGUACAGCGACAGGGCUCGACGGCUCCCCUCACACAAACCACCGUCCGGCGCCCUGAAAGAUAGAAAUGAAAUGUCAAGACCCGGUGCGUGUGGUGGGGGGCAGGCAAUGUGUGUCAGCUGGCUACUUGAGUGCGCAGACGAGCAGCGACACACACGAUGCGACGGGUAGCUGGAGAGACAUGCGGUACAUCUCCUCACCGCCCUUGCCGGGGGCCGUGUCAGCCGGCCGGAACGGGUCACCCUUCGCCACACACACACACAUGUCAACCAACAAACGUGACCCCACUCUGUGUGUGUAUGGGCGAAGGCGCUUGCCUUUGCCAGUGCGAGAGGGUGGUUGCGCAGCGUGGCCUCACAGUGGUCGCACGCCAGCCGCAUCAGCUGCUCAGCUUGGCAAGGGCAGUCGAACACCGCGCUGCGGGCACCGCUAAUCAGCAGAUUAGUCACCAACAACUAGAGAGAAUCCGCCAGCAACACAGGAAAUGCGGCGGCCGUCCAUCCACGUGUGCAUUGCAUUCGGUGUCCAUCGACCUCUCUGUACUGCUGCGGGAGAGCCUGUGUGUCGUCUGCAGUCUGUCCACUGCGCACCGACACACCUGCGAUGAAUGACUUCGCAAUAUCGACCGACAGCCUGACACAACACAAGAUUGAUUGAUUCCCUCUUUGUGCUCUUCUCUUUUCUGCGGCAGGUCUUGUUACCCGACGAGGCGGGCGAGUAUGAUGACGGCCUUCAUCGUGAGGUCGCGAAUGUCCUUGCCGACCCCGCCAUACCCCUCUCCCUCCCUCUGCCGACACACCAACACGCCCAGCAGCGCCUCCAACGCACCGAAAUACGCCACAUCCAAACCUCCCCACUGCACCUCCGAACUCCCGCUGCUCGCUGCCGACGAUGCCGACGAUGGCAUCGCCGACAAUAAGAAGCUGAUCGCACGAUUCAGCAGGGCUGCGGGCGAGUGUUGCUGGCCCGUCUGUGUGCCGUUGGGGGUGUUGUGGGUGUCGACGAGGAGUGGCAGCAGCCUGGUGACGGCCUUGAUGCUUGUGGUGAUGGUGCGAUGGAGGAGAGGGGUCAGCAUGAAGAUGGAGAUGGGCUGGGGAGGGGAGCCCUGGGAGGACGGCUUCGCAGCCUUCCACACGGCACUGAGAACCUGCAGGCACGACCAACCACGGCACGGCCAGACUCUUCUUCGUCUGUGUGGGAGUUCUUCUCGGUACCUGGUAUAGUCGCGCCAGUGAGCCCGACGGCAGGCCGUCGCCUUCCUGCCCGUCAAUGAGGUCCAUGAGGGCACCCAGCACCUCUCCCAGCGCACCUCUCAUCUCUUCACGCCCCUGCCCCUCCCUCUGCACCGCAAUCUCGGCCGCCAGCCCCUCACAGCUGCUGGACACUGCCAAAACCAGGCCCUGGCCCUUCCUGGCCACCUCCUCACUCACAGGCAGCGUUGUGCACCCCUCCGCCAAUGCGACGGCCCACCACACCAGCCGCGAGAGGAUCUGCCGCCGGCAGGCCUCCACCAUCCCGUCAGGACUCUGGAAAGCGGUGUUGGCGGCGUCGAGCAGGGCCAAACACAGGGAUGAGGCGUCGUUCGGCGAUGAUGCGCCAUCGUCCUGAUACGUGGCGAGAAGUCGGUCUACACGGUCCAGAAGGCUAGCGCACGAGCCGAUCGAGCUGCGGAUGGAAGCGGGGGAUGGCGCACCCUGCGCACGCGGGACGGGGGACUCCAUUUUUGCAGCUUCGUAGGCAUUUG